AUGGAGAUGAANUUCAUAGUAUUUCUGUAUAAUAAAUUUAGUAUACCUAAAAACAUAUAAUUUCAUUUAUCUUUUAUUGUUCAUAAUCUCUAAUAUUUAAAAAGUCUAUAAUAUUUGAGAAAGUAUUUAUUUCCAAAUCAUUUUGAUCUCAAUUAUGUUUAACUUAUGAAUCCUUAUUAAUCUAUACAUCAUUUAUUAAUAGAAUAGAUAUUUUCAUAUAUGUUAGAAAGACUAACCAAAGAAGAUAUAUCUUGGGUUAAAAUUGGAAUUAAACAAUAAGUCUUGAUUAAUUAAUGA